AAAAAGGGGAAAAAAGAUAAGGGCAUAAAACCUAAUUAAAACAUUUCCCAUCCGCCAUCGAUCCACAACUUUCGUUCUCGUAACCGUCUCGCUCCGAUUCCAGCCUCCAUCGCCAUCACAGGGAGAGGAUCUCGAGGAGAGGAGAGGGAAUCUCGCCUCAAAUCUUACGUACGUCUGCCAAGAGAUGGCGAACGAACAAGCGGUUCUACCGGCAGACGACACAGUUCGAGACGUCGCUGUUAAUGCUCCGGUUUCUGCAUCUUCUUCAUCAUCGGUUUCUUCUGCUUCGGUUUUGACAUCAGAGACUGUUUCGGAUAAUGCUAAUAGCGGCAAGAAUACGUCGAACACCAUGUACGACGACGACGACGACGAAGAGGGGGAUGUUUGCCGGAUCUGCCGGAAUCCGGGAGACGCAGAUAAUCCUCUACGGUAUCCUUGUGCUUGUAGCGGUAGUAUCAAGUUUGUUCAUCAAGACUGCCUUCUCCAGUGGCUCAAUCACAGCAACGCUCGGCAGUGCGAGGUUUGCAAACACCCGUUUUCAUUCUCACCAGUAUAUGCCGAAAACGCCCCUGCAAAGCUCCCUUUCCAGGAGUUUUUAGUGGGAAUGUCAAUGAAAGCAUGUCAUGUAUUACAGUUCUUUUUACGCCUCACCUUUGUCCUUUCCGUAUGGCUUGUAAUCAUCCCCUUCAUUACAUUCUGGAUGUGGCGCUUCUCAUUUGUCAGAACUUUCACUGAAGCCCAAAAACUCUUCCUAACACACAUCUCCACCACCAUCAUCCUCACCGACUGUCUCCAUGGCUUCCUACUCUCCGCAAGCAUCGUCUUCAUAUUCCUCGGCGCCACCUCACUCAGGGACUAUUUUCGCCAUUUACGAGAAAUCGGAGGGCAGGAUGGUAAUGUUGACGAUGAAGGAGAUAGAAACGGGGCCCGUGCUGCUAGAAGACAAGCUCAACAACCAAACAGAAACGUUGUAGGUGAUGAUGUGGCUGCAGCACAGGGGAUCGCAGGCGCUGGUCAAAUAAUUAGAAGAAAUGCUGAAAAUGUUGCUGCCAGGUGGGAAAUGCAAGCAGCUCGUUUGGAAGCACAUGUGGAACAAAUGUUUGAUGGUUUAGAUGAUGGAGAAGGUGCUGAAGAUGUUCCCUUUGAUGAACUUGUUGGCAUGCAAGGACCUCUUUUUCAUUUGGUUGAAAAUGCAUUUACUGUUCUUGCUAGCAACAUGAUAUUUCUUGGUGUUAUGAUACUUGUCCCUUUCCACCUCGGACGAUUUAUACUCCAUCAUUUAUCAUGGCUUUUAUCAUCUGCUACAACCCCAAUGUUAAUGACGGUUGUACCCCUCACAGAACAAGCGCUUUCUCUAGCAAAUAUCACGUUGAAAAACACUUUGACUGCAGUUGCAAAUCUGACAUCUGAUCACAGCCAUAGCUCAGAGAUUAUUCAAACAAAUGUUACUACUCCCUUUUCUCCUGAUAAUGUUCUAGAAACAACAUCCGCCACGUCAUCAUGGGUGUCUGAUGUCACAACUCUUGCUGUCGGCUAUAUCUUUGUGUUCUCUCUUAUAGUUUUCUACUUUGCAACAGUGGCGCUUAUUAGGUAUACAAAAGGGGAGCCUUUGAUCAUGGGAAGGUUUUAUGGGAUUGCUUCGGUUCUAGAAACAAUCCCUUCUCUUUUCAAACAGUUUGUGACAGCUGUCAAGCAUUUAAUGACUAUGAUAAAAGUCGCGUUCCUUUUGGUGGUUGAGUUAGGGGUUUUCCCUCUCAUGUGUGGGUGGUGGCUGGAUUUUUGCACUUUGAAAAUGUUUGGAAAAUCAAUCGGUCAACGGGUUGACUUUUUCUCAGUCUCUCCAUUGGCAAGCUCGUUGAUUCAUUGGGCUGUAGGAAUUGUGUACAUGUUACAGAUAUCCAUAUUCGUCAGCCUUCUCAGAGGGGUUUUACGCCAUGGAGUUUUGUAUUUUCUGCGUGAUCCGGCUGAUCCUAAUUACAACCCGUUUAGAGAUCUGAUAGAUGAUCCGGUUCACAAACAUGCACGUAGGGUUCUUUUGUCAGUUGCGGUGUAUGGAAGCUUAAUAGUAAUGCUUGUAUUUCUACCAGUUAAACUUGCCAUGAGAAUGGCUCCUAACAUCUUUCCUCUUGAUAUCACAGUGUCGGACCCGUUUACUGAGAUCCCAGCCAACAUGCUUCUGUUUCAAAUAUGCAUUCCAUUUGCUAUUGAGCAUUUUAAGCUUCGGGCAACGAUUAAAUCACUUCUACAUUAUUGGUUUACUGGAGUGGGUUGGGCACUUGGGCUGACCGAGUUCUUACUGCCCGGACCUGAAUAUCAACCUGCAGCAGCAAAUGGAAAUCGGGAUCCAGUAAGGCAGGAUCUGGCCAUAGUUGGACAUGUGGCUCCUCCUCCCAUGGAUAAUAAUGUUAAUCCUCCAGAAGCUGAUGCUGAUGAACGAACUGAUUCAGAGAGGUAUGGAUUUGUGAUCUGCAUUGUGUUGCUUUUAUUGGCGGCUUGGAUGACACUUUUGAUCUUCAAUUCCGCAUUAAUUGUGAUCCCUAUCUCACUUGGACGUGCGUUGUUUAACGCGGUCCCACUUCUCCCAAUCACACAUGGCAUCAAAUGCAAUGAUCUAUACGCCUUCAUUAUCGGAAGUUACGUGAUCUCAACCGGACUAGCCGGUGCCCGAUACGCGAUUGACCAAAUCAAAACAAAGCGAGCCACAGUUUUAUUAGGUCAAAUCUGGAAAUGGUGCUCCAUUGUUGUCAAGAGCUGUAUACUACUAUCAAUAUGGAUUUUUGUGAUCCCGGUGAUGAUCGGGCUACUGUUUGAGCUUCUGGUGAUUGUACCAAUGCGGGUCCCGGUAGACGAAAGCCCUGUUUUCUUAUUGUACCAAGACUGGGCUUUUGGGCUUAUCUUCCUUAAAAUCUGGACACAGUUGGUGAUGCUGGACCAGAUGGCGCCACUGGUGGACGACAGCUGGCGGGUGAAAUUCGAGAGGGUGAGGGAAAACGGGUUCUCUCGGCUGCAGGGAGUUUGGGUGCUGCGGGAGAUUGUGAUCCCGAUCAUGAUGAAGCUGCUAACGGCUCUGUGUUUCCCUUAUGUGUUGGCACGAGGGGUAUUUCCGGUAUUUGGGUACCCGUUGGUGGUGAACUCAGCUGUUUACAGGUUUGCAUGGGUGGGGUGUUUGAGUUUUAGUUUGGUGUGUUAUUGUGGGAAGAGGUUUCAUGUGUGGGUGAGGAAUUUGCAUAAUUCGAUAAGGGAUGAUCGGUAUUUGAUUGGGAGAAGACUUCAUAACUUUGGGGAAGAGACAGAGAGACAAGAUGAUGAGUUGUUGGUUGGUAAUGGUGAGAUGGGUAGUGAAGGUGAUGAUGUAGUAGGGUUGAGGCAUAGGGUUAGAGGGGGAAAUGUUGUACCCCUGGAGGCUGGAGGGGUGUUUGUGUAAAUACUAAAUAUAUAUUAUUUGUAGGGAGAUUGUUAAUUGUUAAGUAAGUAUAUAGAAGAAGAAAAAGAAGAAGAAGCAGAAGCAGAAGCAGUGUGGUAAUUGGUAAAAGGUAAAGGUGAGGUGUCAUCAUAUCAUAUCAUAUUAUCAUAUAUAUAUGGGUGGUGGUUGUCUGAUCAAUGUUUGUUGACACAAAUAUAUGACAUGUGUUGCAUCAUCAGAUGAGAUGCAUACUGAUGGGACUUUUUAGGAUGAUAGACUUGUUUCAUGUUAUAAUCUGUAACAUUUGAAUGAUUAAAUCCGUGGGGUUUGAUUCCUUGAGUCAAGCUAAACGUUUGCAUGAA